AUGGGAAGACUUAAUAACUCACAAUUUUUAACGCAGUUGUCAGAGGUAUUAACAUCGAAUAAUGGGGAAUCCUCUGUUUAUGUAACGCAGAAACGGUUGACAACAACGUUACCGAUAGAUGAACCUACACCAAAAAUAAACGAUUUAUCAUCCAACGUAAUCAAGGCUGAUGCAUUUGAAGAAAAUACAGCAACUUAUCCUGUCCUUAUUAGAAUUUCUAUGAAUUCAGGGAAUAGUAAAAAUACAUCUCAAUCAAAGCAGAAAACCAAAUUAUCUACAGUUGUUGAAACAGGUAAUUUGGAUCAAUUUUGGAGUGAUUAUGUCCAAGUCAUUAAGAAUGGUUUUGUUGGGUUAAAGAAGAAAGAUAAGAAAAAGAAUAAGAAAUCAGGUAAAGUUUCUAAAUAG